AUGGGCAAAUUAAAGGCAAAGAGAAAGCAGCCAAGUCUGAAUACUGAUCAGAACAGCAAGAAGGUGAAGACUUCAAGUGACGUUACUACUUCAAGUGUCGUUACUCCACCUCCAGAAGUUUCGACCGAACUCAAGACCGAACCCAAGACCCUCCAUGAUCUUUUAAUCGUUGAAGAAGACAUCGAAAUUGCUGUAGACACUCUCAGCACACUUGCUCAAAACCCUGCCCUUAUCAAAUCGAAGGCAUGUAAGGAACUACGAACAGCGGUUUUCGACUUUCGAAAUGCUUGCACAAUAGGCUUCAAUGCGUCCGUCGACACAAAUACUACGGCGCGUAUCAGCGGUGCUUUGGCAGAUGAAGGUUAUACCGAAGCUAGAAUUCUACUCGCGGAGAUGCGAAUUCGAGAGCAGAAGCCUAAACUAGGUGCGCUCUGCCGAUGGGUUCGAGAUUUAGAUGUUGUUAGUGGUCUCGCGGAACAACUAGAUGACACUGCAGCAAAGCGAACGAUGCGAGAGGAGCAGUUGCUGGUUGUGCUAGAUGCAAUACUUCGGGUCACUGGCCCGGUAGACUAUUCGAUUGAGGAAGGAGUAGUCAUAGACGGUCCUAUUGUACCUAGGAAAGUAUGGAACUUGAGGGAUGACACGAUACCGUCCAAGCAAGUCUACGAUUUGGUUUUGAAUGGCAGCAUACUCAAUUCUUUACCUAAAGAUAUAAAAUUACAGUUUCGUGUCAUAGAAACAACGCCAGGUUUGGAUCGCAAGCCAGCAAACCUCCAUCCAGCGAUCCUUUGGGCAUCUGAGGACAAUGCUAUUGCUUUUUCUGAUAGCCCUCCUAAGACGACCCACCACAUACAUCCAAUUGUACCGAAUCUACAUUUACUCAGAGAUGUCUUGAGUCCAGAAGAAUGUAUUCGAAUCAUUGCUGCAGGCGAGACGGUGGGAUUUGCCCCCGAUGCUCCAAUACGUGCGGAAGGCGAAGCGAAUAGCAUUUUGGCUCACAAUUUCUAUUGGGUUGCGGACAACGCUUUCUGCGAUGGAGUCUGGAACAGAGUUAAAGAAUUCAUUCCAACACAAGUCAAUGGAAGACAGGUAAGAGGUCUAAACAGAAGAUUUCGUGUUUACCGCUACGUUCCUGGUGCCGAAUAUCGGGCCCAUAUUGAUGGCGCUUGGCCUCCUUCUGGAAUUGAUUCAACAAAUGAUAAAUAUAUCUACGAUUCCUCUCCGCCAGAGGCAAAACAGUCUUCUCUGUUCACAUUCUUGUUAUACCUGAAUGAUGAGUUUGACGCUGGUGAGACGACUUAUUUUCUUCCUAGCGCAAAAGAAGGCAGUAUGAAUGCAUAUUCAAUAAAGCCCAGCCAAGGUAGUGUGGCAAUGUUUCCACAUGGUGAAACUGAAGGAAGUUUACUUCACGAGGGCACCGGUGUUAAAAAGGGCUCAAAGGCAUCAGCCAAGUACGUCAUUCGGACAGACGUUUUGUACGAUGUCGACGUCAAAUGA